AUGGCGACCAGCGUAGCACACGGCGUAGGCGAUGAGAGCAAGGCUCCGGCUCGCGGGCGGAAAUUCGAGCGCGGCGGUCGCCCCGACCGCGGUGAUCGCCCUCCUCGCGGCGACCGCCCCCAGCGCCGCGCCCUGAGGCCCGAGGAGAUUCCCAUCAAGAAGCAGAUUGAUGAGGAAAGCGAGGCGAUCACGAGGCUGCACGAGCAGCUCUCGGCUCUGACGAAGCAGAUCGACGAGCACAGGCGUGAGAAUGAGGGUGGCGAGAGGGGCGAGAUCAAGGUGCGUCUGGACGAACUCCAGAGCCGCAUCAACGAUCUCGAGGGCCAGCGUAUGCACUGCCUGAACGUGAUCGACAACCACAACAAGGAGGCUCGCGAGAAGAACAAGGCGUACAACGAGAUGCGCCAGGGCGUUGGUUACAAGAGCGAGGCUGAGAUCAACCGUCUGAUCAACCAGCUUGAGGAGCGCAUGGAGACCACCUCCAUGUCCCUGAAGGAGGAGAAGGCCAUGAUGCAGCAGCUCCAGCAGUUGCGCCAGGCCAAGACGACGCUCGAGAUGCUUGAGCAAUCGCGCCAAACCAACACUCCCGGCGACAACACGGUCGUGUCCAUGAAGACCCAGCUCGACGACUUGCGCAACCAGAUGAACGAGCUGCGCAAGAUCCGCAAGGAAGAGGCUCGCAGGCUGUCCGUUUUGAACGAGAGCGACCGCAAGCAUUUCGAUGGUCUGAAGGAGCUCCGCGACCAGCGCAAGCAGAUCUCGAAUGAGCUGAAGGAGCGCAACAUGAACAAGGCCAAGCUCGUGGAGCAGUUGAAUGAGAUAAACAACGCGUACUUCGCUCAAGUGCGUCUUCAGCAGCAGAGGCGCUACCAGAAGCAGCAGCAGGAGCGCGAGCGCCGCAACCUUGAACGUGAGAUCAAGCAGAUGCGCAUCCAGCUCGAUGACCUGACCUUCCUCCCGUACGAGAAGGAGAUGCGUCUGUUGGAGCAGGUUAUGGGCUACGUUAAUCGCCUGCGCGCCCAGGAAACCGUCGAAGUCGCGAAGGUUGAGCAGCCUGCUGUUGAGGAGAAGGCUGUCGAGGUCGCUUUCGAGGGAACUCGCGUGGUGCCCAAGAAGCAGCGCGAAGAGUACUUCAUUGCUCCCAAGCAGAAGUCCAAGAGCAAGACCCCUCGCGAGAAAGUCAAGCCCGCGCUGAAGUUGGACAUGGUCACUAUUGGCUACUUCGAGUCGUGCGGCGUCCCUCCGCCAACGUCAAUGGACUCGCUGGUCGACUGCCUGCAGAAGCUGGAUGCUAAGCUGUCCCACUACCACGAGCUUCGUAAGGAUUGCGACGUGGAUGCUAUGCGUGCUGCGCAGGAGGCCAAGCUCGCCGAGGCUGAGAAGCGUCUGGAGGAACUGAACGCCGCCCGCAAUGCCCCAUGGACGCCGGAAAACGCCACCGCUGAGGCGAAGACUGAGGAGGCAGAGGGAGAAGCCGCGGCUGAGGAGGCUCAGGAACAGCCUGCCGAGGAAUAA